CCAAGAACAUGCGCCUCUCCUGCAAGAACCUUCUCUUCUCCUUGCUCGUCUCCGCUCCCGUCAUCCUCAUCCUCGUCGACUCAUCUGACACACCCAUCGGCUCAUCCAAUCCGUCCAUCGGUAUCACCUACUCCCGACACCCCACCUCCGAUCUCCCCCGCCAUGAUCACGUCAUCUCCACCCUACAAUCGCUAGGCGUGGCCCAUGUCCGACUUCUUGAUCCCGAUCCUGAAAUCGUCCGCGCCUUCUCUAACUCAGGCAUCUCGCUCCUCCUCUCCAUCCCAAACACUUACAUCCAUGCCAUCGCAGCCAACCAAACCAGUGCCAUCCAAUGGCUCUACAUCCAUGUGGUCCCCUUCUACCCCCAGGCCAACAUCACCACCAUCUCCGUCGGCAAUGAUAUCCUCACCUCCUUCCCUGAGCUCUCCACCUCUCUGCUGCCCGCCAUCCGGAAUGUCUAUAUCGCCCUCCGUAAGCUCGGGAUCCGCAAGAUCUCGGUCUCAACUACACAUUCCUUCGACGUAAUCACAAGCCCAUUCCCACCCUCGGCUGCUGAAUUCAGAAAACCCGCUGCGGAAUGGAUCAUGAAGCCGCUUCUGGAUUUCAUCUACGCCACCAACUCGUCGUUCUUGAUCAACGCCUACCCAUACAAGCUAUGCAGAUCUAAUGUGCAGGUCCCGACCAGAUAUGCUCUGUUUCUCAAUUUUCCGGAAAAGCAAUGCUGGAACCUGUUCGAUAUGAUGGUCGAUGCGGUUAUCAGUGCGAUCCACAAGGCAGGCCACAAGGACAUACCUGUGGUUGUGACAGAAACGGGGUGGCCCAGUGAUGGGGACGCGACUGAGCCGCGAGCGAACAAACUGUUUGCGAAAAUGUACAAUGCAGGUUUGGUAAAGCAUCUGAGGUCGGGCCUCGGAACGCCGCUGCGGAAGGAAGGAGCCAAAGAGACUUACAUAUUUGAGCUGCUCGACGACGAAACGAAGCAAGGGCCUGAAUCGGAUCGGCACUGGGGUAUUUUCAAUCGGAACAUGAGGAUGAAGUACAAGAUUGAUUUCUCCGGUUUAGAUCGAUACGAUGGGGCGCAAUUGGUGAAGAAGGUGUUGAAUUUCUGUUUGAUAAUUGCACUGAUGUUUGCCGUUGUGGAAAGAUAAUCUGUAAUUAGUCAUUGUGAAAUCAGGCUGCAAGAAAUUUUCUUCUUUUCUUUCUUCAUUUUUUUUUUUCUUUUGAAGGAAAAUGGGUCCAUCUGUAAAUUCAAAUUUCUCAAUGCAAUUGGAUUCUUUUUUCUUUAUUUCUUUCUUGAAGGUAAUGUAUACAAAUUCACUUGUUGCUGAUUGCAAUUUGACAGGGUCGUGUUUGGGCAGGGCAUCCUCCAAAAUCUGGAUUACCUUGUUUUGCCAAGCUGCACAUCGUGCCCGAAGGCCGAGAGUGGCACUUUCUCCUGACAA